UUCCUUGUUGUUCUUUUCUUCCUCGCGCUACUGUUCUCUCCUCAGCGGAGAUCAGAGAGGCUCGGGGCCGGUGCGGCCAGGAGCGCAGGAGGCCGGGAGUCUGUUCCCGGGCAUAGGGAUCCGUUGGGAUUUAGGGCCGGCCUCGAGGUGUCCCGCUCAGAGGAAUGGAACCUGCCUUCGGAGAAGUGAACCAGCUCGGGGGGGUGUUUGUCAACGGGAGACCCCUGCCCAAUGCCAUCAGGCUGCGGAUUGUGGAACUGGCGCAACUGGGUAUCAGGCCGUGUGACAUCAGCCGGCAGCUCCGCGUUUCCCACGGCUGUGUCAGCAAAAUCCUGGCUCGCUACAACGAGACCGGCUCCAUCCUACCGGGGGCUAUCGGCGGCAGCAAGCCUCGGGUCACCACCCCCACGGUGGUAAAACAUAUCCGGACCUACAAACAAAGGGAUCCGGGCAUCUUCGCCUGGGAGAUCCGGGAUCGCCUGCUGGCCGAUGGCGUGUGCGACAAGUACAACGUGCCGUCGGUCAGCUCCAUCAGCCGCAUCCUCCGGAACAAAAUCGGGAACCUGUCUCAGCAGAGUCACUACGAGUCUUACAAGCAGCACCAGCCGCCCCCACAGCCUGCUCUGUCCUACAACCACAUAUACCCCUACCCCAGCCCCAUCGCUGCUGCGGGAGCCAAGGUGUCCACCCCUCCCGGGGUGCCGGCGAUCCCCAGCACCAUGGCCAUGCCCAGGACGUGGCCGUCCUCUCACUCGGUGACGGACAUCCUGGGGAUCCGGUCCAUCACAGACCAAGCAGUGAACGACACUUCGCCUUACCCCAGCCCCAAGGUGGAGGAAUGGAGCAGCUUGGGCCGAAACAGCUUCCACCCGCCGAGCCAGCAUGCCGUGAACGGGCUGGAGAAGAGCUCCCUUGAGCAGGAGGCCAAGUACAGCCAGGCACCCAAUGGCCUCCCAGCCGUCAGCAGUUUCGUGUCUGCACCAGCCAUGCCUCCCUACGCCACGCCGGCCCAAGUGUCCCCUUACAUGACGUACAGCGCCACUCCAUCCAGCUACAUGGCGAGCCACGGCUGGCAGCACACCGGGGGCACCCCACUGUCCCCUCACAGCUGCGACAUCCCCGCCUCACUGGCCUUCAAGGGCAUGCAGACUGCCAGGGAGGGCAGCCACUCUGUCACGGCCUCCGCUCUCUGAUGCAGGAGCUGUCCAGGAGCGCCGUGAGCUCGCCGUCUCCUCGGCCCCUGAGCCCAACUCACGGACUGCUCUCUUCAUGCUGGCCACACCUGGCAUUUCUCCUCUUGACUUGUCUCCCCUAAGGCUUUUGGGAUUAAAGAGCUGAAGGCAACAUCAGAAACUGAGACAAGUGUGGUGUUGCGCUCUUAAAGACUUUGUGUCCCUCAAAGGGCUCGUGGAGCCUUGUUCCAUUCUCUCCUGGUCAAACCACACAUAUUUAUUCUUAAUCAUCACAAACUUUCUAAAUGUGCAAUUGUUACUAAGAUUUGUGCAAAAAUCAAUAAAGAAAAAUCACCACAGAAAAUUCUGCUAUGCCUUGAAUCAGCAAAGGUGGCUGAAUGGGAAGUGUUUGCCAAAUGCCUAGAAAACAACCCUUUAAUUGAUGAGAUAAUACAAUCCACUGUUAUUAUGAGGUCCUUUAUUGUUGUUUUAUUGGGUUUUGGUAAUCGAAUAUAGAAUGAAGGCAAUAGGUGUCUUUCAGAUUCUUCUGGCAUGUUGCCAUCGUCAGGCAGUAGUAAGAUCUUUGUGACUUUAUCCAUUUGUAAAUAGAGGCUUUUGACAGCAUUUGUUUUCACCUUCCAGUACAUUACUUACAUUUUUCUUUUUCUUUCUUUUUUUUUUUUUUUUUUUAAGUUAAGAAGAUUUCUAGUUAUUUUCUAUGUCUUUGCAUGGUGGGGUGAUAGGCAAUGAGGUUUAGGUAAGGGUUUUUGGUCAUGUUUUUGUGCCUACAGUGGAAGCUUCAUCAACUUAUGAGAUAGUUAUCUCUUUGGCAGAAGAGUCAAAGGCAGAAAUCCAGCUAAGUAACUCCAGUUAUACCCAGCCUCCCAGAUUCAUGAAACAUCACAUUCACAUGAAGUAUGCAAACAGAAAUAUGGGUGGAAAAUACCUGAAUAAAACAGAAAACUGUCGAGGAAAAUGCUGUUAGUGUGCAACCUGUGCAGAGAUGCUUAAAAAGCCCUAUCAGUCAAAAACUCCACUGACAAACAGAAUUGUACCAUCAUUCUCAGCUCACUUGUGUCCAGAUUAUGUUGUAAUUUUUAAAGAGGACCUUGUCUUUAAUUUCUGCUUUAAUGAAUGUAAAGUAUGGCUCUUGGUAAAGUUUACAUUAUUGUUCUGAAGCAUUUUUUCCCCUUAUAGGUAUACUGGUGGUGGUGCUACAAACAGAGAUAUUAUUUAAUAUUAGCAAAUAUCCUUUCUACAUUUCUGUAUGCAGUGGCAAGUACUCCAUGCCAGUUAUUUUGCUUUAAACUUUAAUCCCAAGAGAGCUUAAAUUCUCAUUUUUGAAAAUUUACCUGUUUUCCUUGGGCAAUAAUAAAGUUCUGACUAUUAUUAUGCUUUUCCCAUGCUGUAGGUAUGUUCAGAAUAUGAAUGUGGAAAAAAAAAAGCCUGGUGUGACAUUUCAUAUCCAUCAUAGACUAUUAAUAUAUUGUGUAUUUUAAAAAGUGUUUUGCAAUAACUUAAAUUACUGUAGACAUAGUUAAAGCAAAGGCGAAAAUACUAUUCUUCAUAUAUUGUUCUACCUGCAUCCCAUAUUAAACACUAAUUCAGCGAGAAAGUAAAAUACAUUUCCCUCUUAAAAUAUAGUUAUCUUUUUGUGGGUUUCCAGCAUUCAUCAUCAAGGCAGCUGUGGGUAAAUUUUCAUAACAAUCUAAGUAAUCAGUAUUUUAAUGUACAGUAUGUUCCACUGAAAUAUGGAUGGACUUCUCUGGCUGCCGCCACCUUUGCUUCUUGCACUAAAAAAUUGUUAACAGAAAUGCAUUUCUGUAAAGAACACAGAUAUUGUAUUUUGGCCCCAAGGAAACAAAGAUCUGGUCUUGCAUGUGAUUAAUGUUCUUCCACCUCAAAGGUAUCCAACAGCUGUUCAGCUUUAAUGAGAUGCUGAAACCCUCGUUAUUCAGUAGAACACUUUUUCAAGAAUGUUUCUUUGAAACCGCUGAAGUGCACACGAGUGCAUUUCCACUUUGCCACACUGUUAGUGACAUGAUGGAUGCUAUUCUGCCUAUACGCUUCUAUAGCUGAAAUAAGAUGAGCCUUAACACCAUGAAAAAGAAAUAAUUUAAUUUAAUACUAGAAAAGCUCUUAGCUAAAGACAAAAUGGGGAAAAAGAUAAGAAAAAGAUCAUUAGUAGAUAAGUGAUUAAGUUGGCAAGAAUAUUUUAUCUUUCAGCUUAGUCAUUCUACUGAAUUACAGAAUUACUGAGUGAGUCUACCUAUUGUUUUCCAUAGAACUCAAACAAGGGGCACCAAAGGGAAAAGAAAACAAAAAACUAAGGAGAGAAACUUUUCAAAGCACAGCUUUUUUGAGCUUCAAGACUUUGCAAGCCUGUAACAAAGUGUGCCUGUGUUAAAAGUUUUCCAAAUUUUCUUGAGUAACAUGAGGCAAUUUCUGGAAUAAAAGUUGUCUUUCCUGACAUUCCAAUGAGGAAUUAGUGUGUUUUGGGCGACAGAGAGACAGAUCGUUAGCUUGUAUCAGUUAUUUUCAUUAUCCUCAGCUAAAUCAGGAUAAUUUAUAAAACAAGGACAGGACAUGAUGUUAAUUAUUCUUCCCAUGGGAUAUACUACCAUAAACCAUUUUUGUUUUGUGUUUGUUUAGGUACAGCUCUCCACGCAUCUGUCUGCUGUACAUGAUUCCUUACCCCUGAAUGGGAAGUCAGUGGGGCUGCAUGCAGAAAGUGUAUCUCAGAGUGAGCAAAAGUGUCUGACCUUGGCUCUUGGUGAACUGCUUGUCAUAGAUUUUUUUUAGUUUGAAUUUUCACAAUUUUUUUUUUUUUUAAUGUAAACCUACUAUGUAGAAUACUCCUUUGCCCAAGGACUAUUUCACUGCUUAUACUCACGGGUAAACUGAAAACUGCAACCUGUUCACUUAUCACACAACUCUAAACCAUUUUACAUAAAAUUAAAAAGUGAAUUGCUUCCUAAAAAAUAAUAAAGAAGGGUUAAUUGCUGCUGUCAAGUAGCCGGGUAUAAAUCUGGAGUGAACCCACUGAGGUGAAUGAAUACUUUUGGGAAAUAUUCUGUAUAUGUGGGUGCAGAAUUAAUUUUUUAAUCUGAAAAGUCUACACUUCAUUCCCAGAGUGUUAAAUGUUUCCAAAGAAAUCAGUGAAGCCUAAUAAUACUCCCUUCAACUCAACUGUGUUUGCAUGGUCCCAGUUCAGAAGAUCUUUGAUGUAAAACUGAAUUUCAGCCCACAUUACACAAGGAGCAAAGGGGCAUUGGGCUGGCACAUUCAUAGGUUUGUUUUCCUAUACCAUGCUGUUUUCUGUUUUUGAAUGUUUCUCCUUUUAUCCAAGAUCAGGCUGAGCUAUUAACUGAAAAAAAAUCAUAUUGGAAAGGAUGUAAAACCAAAGGCUAUAUAUGUAUAUACAGUAUGUUUAAAGCAUUUUAUUUUUAUAUUUUGAAUGCUCUAAAUUAAUAAAAGAAAAAUUAUAAAGCAUUGUGCUUUAGUUUUUGAAAUUAUCUUAGUAGUGUCUUCUCUUUGGCCAAGUACUGAUAAUAAAAUGCAACAACGAGGAACACUUGCAUUAAAACUAUAAAUUUUAACAGAGCUAAUUUUAUUGAUUUUUAGCUAUGAAAUAGCAUAGGUAUGAAAAGCCACUGUUGCCAAAUUCAGACAAAAGAGAGGCUUUUUGAGCAUGUUAAUACAGGCACCCUUGAAAGCGCUGAAAACACAUUUCUAUUUUUAGCUUUUUGUUGCUUUUCCAAUGCAUUAAAUACACUUGUGAGAUGAGACUUCACAUGUGAACUGCCAUUUUCAAAUAACAAUGCAGAAAGGUACUUCUUUAGGAUUGCCAAAGAAAAGGUUUGUACCUCCUUCAGAGGAAGAACAUUAUUGUUAACACAAUAAUGUAGUAUGGGGUGAGACUGAAACUUUGCAAGAUAUAUGCUUAUUUGACAACAAACCAAGUUAGAUAAUGAAGACAUGUUUAUAUUUUAUAUCUAUAUAUAUUUAAAAUAUUUUAUAUUUUUUAAAAGAAUAAUGCAUGAUUUUAAAUUACUUAAGGAGUUUUUAUAGAAAAAAUGUAGAAUGACACAACAGCAUGAACCGAAACUAUGUCUUGAGUCAGCAUAGCAGAAUUUACUGUAUUUCACAGAGUUGGAAUAGCUAGUAAGAAGGCAAGUACAUCCCUGGAAUAUUUAGAUUUACAGUGACUGGGAAAAGCAAAAAUUUUAGCACCAGAGCAAUGUUUUUAUCUACAGACAGGUGCAUUUCUUUGAGGUGUAUGGCUAGCUAUGUACAACUGCACAUGGGCUACCUUGUUUCACCAUUCCAUGGUGAAAAUGAAGGCUAAAGGGGCAGUCAGGGUGCACUGAGCAUUUUUAUCACAGGACAGCUCUUUUGGGAUAGUAUAUCAAAGCGGAUUAAAAAUUUGCAGUAAAAUCUCAUAUGCCUAGAAUGACUUCUUUCUGUUAAUUUAUUUACUCAUUUCUUCUAUGAAUCCCAUGUUGGUUUGCUCUGUUAUGCAACCUGAUGCAUACUAAUUACCUUCAGUAUCUUCUUUGAUCUGAAUGAGAUUUAUAUAAUAUAUAUGGCUAAGAACAAGUAGGCUAUUCAGAAGUAUUCAUGUUUUUAAGGUUGUGGCUACUUGUGCUGUCCUUUUCUAUCCCAACUCCAAAGAACUUGAAAAGCUCUUACAUGAAUGCUGCAAUCAUACUGGGCUGAAUUGAAACUGGACCCAAGACUGACUGAAGAGUUGCAGAGUAUGGAUCAUUUUCUUAUUGUGGAGUCAAUGGAGCUGUCAGUUUACAUUAGCUUAGUAUCUGCCCCCCCCAGGAUUAUUCAUUUUUUUCCUUUAAAAUACCCUCAUAGUUUUUAUCUUGCCAUUUCAGCUGAAACUUUUUAAAAAGUGUGUGAUUACAUAGGAUGAUUCUUUGUCGAGAAAUUUCAGUUUGUCCUCUAAAAACUCAGUCACAAGUCUGCUUUAUAUUUUCUCUUGGUCCAGCAAAACAAUUACAAA